AGAUUUGCUAGCUAGUGUGAGCAGUGUAAGUGUAAGAUUUCUGCCGAAGAUACUUGUAAUUAUGGAGGAAAAAUAUAUAUUAUCCUUAGAUAUAGGUACUACAACAAUUAGGUCGUUUAUUUACAAUUCCAGAACAGAAAUUGUAGGCAAAGCUGUGGACCAGGUAAUCCUUCAUUAUCCUAAAUCUGGGUAUGUGGAAAUUGAUCCUGAUGAAUUAUGGACAUCUGUAGUUGGUGUUGUGAAAUCUUGUUUGCAGAAUGCAAAGCUCACGGCUAAACAAGUUACUGCUAUGGGAAUAUCAACACAAAGGAGUACGUUCAUAACUUGGUCUCGAAGUACUGGGAAACCAUUCCAUAGAUUUAUAACAUGGAAAGACAUCAGAGCUGAUGAACUAGUGAGGCAGUGGAAUGAUUCAUAUACUUGGAAGCUUUUCAAAUUAGGUGCCUAUAUAUUAUUUGUUGUAUCAAGAAGCAAGAGAUUUUGUGCUGGAAGUGUACUAAAAUUUUCAAAUAAUCAGACAACAUUGAGGUUACAUUGGGCUUUGCUAAACAUCCCCGAGUUAAAGGCCGCAUUACAAAAAAACGAUGCUUUGUUUGGAACCUUGGACACUUGGCUGCUGUAUAAAAUGACAGGCAGUAAGCUCCACAUGACAGACGUUUCAUCGGCGUCAGCAACUGGCUUUUUUGACCCCUUCACUAUGCAGUGGUCGAGUUGGGUAAUGAGCUUUUUCGAUAUACCACAAACCCCCUUACCGAAAGUGGUCGAUACUGUGGGCGAGCACUUCACUAGUACUGCGGAAGAAAUAUGGGGGCACGGGAUACCCAUACGUUGUGUUAUAGCAGACCAAACAGCGUCAAUGUGGGGUUCAUGUUGUUUUAACGUUGGUGAUGUGAAAUUAACCAUGGGUACCGGGACGUUUUUAAACAUCAACACUGGAUCAACACCACACGCGUCUGUGUCUGGACUAUACCCUGUGGUCGGUUGGAGGCUGGGAGAUGAGUUGAUAUAUUCAGCGGAGGGAGGAAAUAAUGAUACAGCUAGUAUCAUAAAAUGGGCACAGAAUUUAGGUUUAUUUGACAACCCACAAGACACAGCUGAAAUUGCUAUGUCGGUGCCUGAUACUGAUGACGUGUUCUUUAUACCCGCUUUCAGUGGUUUGGGACCGCCGUACAACGACGGCACGGCGGCGUCGGGCUUCGUGGGCGUGAAGCCGUCGACGCGCGCGCCGCACCUCGUGCGCGCCGUGCUCGAGGCGCUCGCCUUCCGCACCGCGCAGCUGGCCGCCUGCGCGCGCCGAGAGACCGCCUUCGACUUCUCCGCGAUCAGGUUAGAUGGUGGCGUGUCUAAUAACGAUUUCAUAGUUCAAUUAGUAGCGGACUUGACAGGCUUAUGCGUUGAACGACCAGCACAAGUAGAAAUGUCUUCCCUUGGGUGUGCUCAUAUCGUUGGUUUACAUUUAGGUAUAUUCUCAUCAAAGGAAGAAUUGAAAUCUCUCCGUAAGGUAAGCACCGUUUUUACUCCUCGACCUCACGUCAAAAAGGCGUAUGAAGGUACGAUAGCUAGAUGGGAGGAUGCUAUAAAGAGAAUGCGUGGUUGGUAUUUAGGAAAUAAGUCCUCUCAGUCACAGAGCUCCGUACACGAUUCGAAUAACUCGAUCAACUCGCAAAACAGUUUCAAGGUCACGUCAUUGAAAAAAAACGGACGCUCUAAAUAGCGGUGGCUUUUACAUUUGCUUCUGUUCAUCGCGUGCGUACCUGUAUGCAGAUGAUAUUUAGCAUAUCCAAAUAGUUUUAAGACAUUUUGUUAUAUUUAUAAAUAUUUGAUGAAAUUUUAAUUACUCAUGUCGGGUUGUGGUUUUAUACGGUUAGGACUGCAUUGUCGUGGAUGAUUUUUGUAACUUGCAAUUGUAAAAAGUAAUAUUUAGUUAUAAGAAAAAUGUUACUCGCCCAAAGUGUUACGUAGGUAUGUAAAAAUUUGUUAAAAAAUUCUAGAUUGGUAAACGAUUCACUAUGUUGUUCUAGAAUUACGAAUUAGAAAAUUAAACGAGUUAAAACUAAUUAUUCCUAGACGUUUAAACUCGUUCCUUUUACUAAUAAUGGUGGAUCGAAGCGUGUUCGAAGUAAGUUAAUUGACUGCUAGUGUUUGUACCUAGUUUUGUUCCUAUAAAUGUGCAUAGCUUAAAUGUUUUUAUUCUUCAGAUAUAGCAAUAAAACCACCUGAAAAAGUA